AUGCUACGAGAGCACCCUGAACGCGGAAGUGUGUUCUUCCAACGAGCUCCAGACCAUCGUGGACGAACACGACAGUCGUCUUUGGGAGACCAUCCCGAAGUUGCUCAUGCCCAAUUGCUCUGCUCUAAAAAAGCGCUUGCUGGAAUUUGGGGACAGGGGGAGUUCCGGUUGGUGCAGGAGUACGCAAAUCAUCAGCACGUCUUGUUGGCGGUCAACGGGCAGCGCGAGAAUGUCGUGAUCAAGACGCGCAGCAAGCGCAGCGUCACCGUUGCCGAGGAGGUCGAGAGCAUAUACCAGGAGUUCAACUUUCUGACACACCCUCGACCACCCCACACAUCAUCCGCUGUGCAAGCAUGCUGCACAGCCAGUCCCAUUUGCACCUGGUGCUCCAGUAUGGCUGCGACUUCUGCAUGGAGCAGGUAG